UAUUUAUGUCUCAACGUCCAUCCAUCCAUCCAUCACCCCCGUUUGCGUAACCACCACCACCGCACCGAUCAAUUAUCUGUUUAUCUCAUCUAACCUUUCUCUCUCUCUCUCUCUCUCUCUCUCUCUCUCCCUCUCUCUCUCAUCACUCAUGAACUCCAGGAUCGAUUGAAGUUUUCGCGGUGGUUGUCGUUGAGUGGUUUUCUGUGGAUUUCCGGGAGUUGGAAGGAGUGCUGGAUUGGUGUUGAAUCCAGUAGGUUGAGGACGUGACUGUUAGGAUUCUAAUUUCUAGGGUUCAUAUCUGGGUUUUGGCUCAAGAAAUCAUACAUGGAUAAGAAUCAUAGGAGAUAUGUGGAUUGUCUUUGUAUAAAUCAUUUAAAGAACAUGUUGGGAGGAAGUAACAGCAAUUCAUUAAUCCCUGUCUUUGUUGAUGAGAACCUUUUCCAAUACCCUUCAAACACAUCAAACCAAUUGCAACUAUUUGGAAAUGUUGCAUGUAAUGUUGAUCAAGUAAAUUAUUCAGCAAGAGAUCAAAAUAGUCCUGUUUUUCGACCCAACAAACGACCAAGGGAAACUGAGGCUAAUAACCUUAUGCAGAAAAAGCUUCAGAUUUCAUUGAAUCAUAGUUUUUAUAAUGAGGAUAUUAACCCCCCUUCAACCAUCCCAAACCCACACCAUGUAUCAACUGGUUUAAAGUUAUCAUAUGAUGAUGAGGAACGCAACUCUUCCAUCACUUCAGCAAGUGCAAGUAUGACAUUAGCACCAUCAAUCAUGUCUUCUUUUGGUGAUAGCAUCACAACUGAACUUGAUCGACACAAAGAUGAAUUUGAAAGAUACAUUAUGAUCCAGGAAGAAAACAUGUUGAAAGGGAUGAGGGACAUAAGGCAGAGACACAUGGCUUCAUUCUUGGCUGCCAUAGAGAAAGGGGUAGCCAAUAAAGUACGCGAGAAAGAACACGAGAUCCAAACCAUAAACCGCAAAAACAAAGAACUUGUGGAAAGAAUAAAACACGUGGCAAAUGAAGCUCAAAAUUGGCACUACAGAGCAAAGUACAACGAGUCCAUGGUUAACAUAUUGAAAACAAACCUCCACCAAGCACUUGCUCAAGGAAAUGAUAACCAAAUCAAAGAAGGAUUUGGAGACACGGAUCUUGAAAACGAUAAUGAUGCGGUAUCAUCUAUGGAUCCUAAAAACCAUACUACUACUACUUGCAAGGCAUGCAGAACAAAAGAGGUGUCGGUUUUGGUAAUGCCAUGUAGACACCUGAGUUUGUGUAAAGAUUGUGAUAGUUUUACAAGUGUGUGUCCCGUUUGCCAGGUAGUUAAAACUGUUAGUGUGGAAGUCUACCUGUCGUGAAAGGAGAAACUUUUAACUUAUAAAAUGAAAAAAAAUCAUCCACACAUAUAACCUUUGUUUAUUUGUUUAUUUGUAUAUCGAGUGUUCUGGUA